ACUGACUAAUUAAAUUAAAUAAGGAUUUAUUUACUUAAUUUGGAAGAAGUUUGAUAAUUAAUUGGAUCGUCCGUAUUAUUGAGAAACAUGUUCGGAUUAUUAAGUGAAGUUGGAAUUUAUUCGGUUAAUCGAAGAAUUAAUAAAGUGGAAUAUGCUGAGAAAUAAUAUUAGAAAUAAUAUUAUUAUUGUAUUUUUAUUUAAUUGGGAUAAAUUCGGAUUUAAUUGGAUUAAUCGGAAAAAUAAUAUUAAGGGUAAUAAUAUUAUUUGUUGGAGCAUAAUUAUUUAUUUGAACUACUCUAUUUCAUCAAUUGGGCCUAUUUAUUGGAGUGAUAAGCAAUUAGGGGGUGUUAUUAAUUUUAAAGCCCAAUAUAACAAAUAAAUAUAGUAAGAGAGGAAGUAAGGGGUAGAAGCAUCAUUUUCAUUUUCUGGUUUUCAAGAUUAGAAGUGGAGGAGAGGAACAAGAAGAGGAGCUAGGGUUUUGAAGGAGAAAUCAAGAGGUUUGACGAUUAGUAGCUGGCGUGUGAUCUAGUCGGAGUUUCUUCCGAGUUGCUUGGUAAUUAAGUAGCGAGUCAAUGCUCUGGUCAUGUAACACUGGGUAGCUUAGACGUUGAACUCAUUUCCUGUAUGCUCAUGUAUUUUGUUAUAACUUGUGAACUUAUUUGUUGAUUACUUGUCAUUUUGAGAAGCUUUAAGCCAAAUAUUAUGAUUAUGGUUAUCUUAUGAGUUAUUUAUGGAGAUAUGAUCAUGGUAUGGGACAUGUAUCAUUUAUAUGAAACACAUGAGUAUUAUUUUCCGCUGUUAAUGCAUAUUUUGGAUGAAUUAUGAUUAUAUGUAAGGUGUUAUUUGAAAUGACCAGGUGUAUUGUAUAUUGUGGAUAAAUGCUGUCGUUUUUAAAAGCUUUUCAGUUUUUGAAAACAUCGAUGUGACGCCCUUUGAGUUAUAUGCAUGCUUAUUCUCUGAUUAUAUGCUUAUUAUUUUAUGGGGUAAAUAGGGGUGUUACAUUAGUGGUAUCAGAGCACGGUCGACCAGUUGGUCAAGGUUAUUAAUGUCUUUUAUCCUGUUGUAAUUGAUUCGUGUAUCUGACACGAUCGAUACUGUUUUGUCUGGUUGUUUGGUUGUUUAGGACGAUGGCUACGGGAAGGAAUGUUGACAUUAAUGUUGAGGCAAUGAUGAGGUGGACUGGUGCGAUUGGACAAGCGCCGCAAGAGAAUGUCGGUUAUGGAGGAAAGGAUGAGUUCCGUGCUUUUGGAGACUUUCAAAGGUGUAACCCACCGAUCUUUGAAGGAAGGUAUGGACCGGAGAAAGCGCACGCAUGGAUGAGAGAAAUUGAGAAGAUCUUUCAAGUCGUGAGUUGUACUAAUGUACAGAAGGUACAGUUUGGUACUCACAUGCUGACAAAAGAGGCUGACGUUUGGUGGAGUAAUACUGUGCGGAGAUUUGAAAUAGAAGGUAUUGAAGUUACUUGGACUCUUUUCCGUGAUGCAUUUUUUGGAAACUAUUUUCCAGAAGAUGUGCGUGGAAAGAAAGAAGUGGGGUUUCUACAGCUGAAACGAGGGGGAGAACAGUUCCGUGAGAAAUCGUAUGAUGACAUGAGGGAACAAUCUGGUCUUAGAAAUAAGCCAAGUGGGGGAGGAGCUUCUACUCGGAUUAAGUGCUACAGGUGUGGCGAGACGGGUCACAAAACUGUUGAUUGUGGAGUUGGCUCGAGUAGGAUUUGCUAUAGUUGUGGUGAGCAAGGACACAAUUGUGCCAUGUGCGAUAAGCCAAAGAAGAAGCAAGCGAAAGGAAAAGUGUCUGCGUUGUCUGGUGCUGAGACUAAUACUAAGGAUAAGUUAAUCUGAGGUUUGACGAUUAGUAGCUGGCGUGUGAUCUAGUCGGAGUUUCUUCCGAGUUGCUUGGUAAUUAAGUAGCGAGUCAAUGCUCUGGUCAUGUAACACUGGGUAGCUUAGACGUUGAACUCAUUUCCUGUAUGCUCAUGUAUUUUGUUAUAACUUGUGAACUUAUUUGUUGAUUACUUGUCAUUUUGAGAAGCUUUAAGCCAAAUAUUAUGAUUAUGAUUAUGGUUAUCUUAUGAGUUAUUUAUGGAGAUAUGAUCAUGGUAUGGGACAUGUAUCAUUUAUAUGAAACACAUGAGUAUUAUUUUCCGCUGUUAAUGCAUAUUUUGGAUGAAUUAUGAUUAUAUGUAAGGUGUUAUUUGAAAUGACCAGGUGUAUUGUAUAUUGUGGAUAAAUGCUGUCGUUUUUAAAAGCUUUUCAGUUUUUGAAAACAUCGAUGUGACGCCCUUUGAGUUAUAUGCAUGCUUAUUCUCUGAUUAUAUGCUUAUUAUU